AAAGUCCACCCAUUACUCAUUCCCUGGCAGCCACCUCCUUUCACCUGUACUCGCCUUCGGUUGUUUCUAUUAUUCCUACCCCCACGCGACAACACAUUCUCUCCUAACAUAGUGAUAACUACUCUGUCGAUUUACAGCUGGCUACACGGUUACUAGAUCCUUAAGAACCUCCCCUUCCCAUUAUGACCGACUUUGGUUGGCUUCGAUUGGGGCAGCGUUCCCGUCCACCCAGUAUGCCUCAGUCGCCAACACCUGAAUGUGAACCGAUUCUAGAUUCGAAUUACCCGGAUUUCGUUAAUUCCCCUCCGUUUUCUUCGGAUCCUUUAAGUGGCAAUGACAACACCAGGUUGCUCGUGCGUGAACAGGACAGGAUAUGGUACAAUCCAUCGCUAAAUCAGAUGGUUGAGGCACUUCAAGUUGCCAUCAUGACCCGAGAUGUGCUUCAUCCCAUCCCCGCACGGUAUAAUUCUUACAUUAUACAUUUAAUCGAAGGGUUUGCUCAUGCACAGGAACGUAUCCGAACUCUUGAAGCUGCUUGUGCUGAAGCCAAGAACUCGCUCGAGCAUCACUUCCAACAUUUCAAAUCGGUGGCUGAUGAAUGGUUGGAACGCGAACACCAAUAUAAAACUGAAAUCAAGAGGCUCGAGGUUUUACUCUCAAAGACGUCCCGCGAAGGGCUAGAAGCAGUCACAGUCGCCAGGACAAACUCCAUCGUUGAUAGGAAUGGGCCCCAGGCGAAGCAGCUCGUAUCUCAACUGAAGCAUCUUAGCGCCAAUACUAUGCCAGAGAUCCCAUUGGAUUUACCCCAUGAUAUGGAACCAUCUAAAUCAUCGCCGUCGGCGCUGGUUUUAGACAACAGGAAUGAUAUCCUCAUAAGCGAGAAGAUAAGGAAACACGAAGCCAUUGUCAAUAUCGAAAUGGCUUAUCAGAAAGGGAGGCGAUCACGCCACGGUGCUUUAACCGUGCCUCGGGGACUGGGGAAAAGUCCCGUGGCGACUGUGGAUAAACCCGCAGGUGGUAUAGAGUUAAACACCCGCCCCUUAUUUUCGGAUGACAUACCGGACGUUUCAACGCUCGAUGAUAAGGUAGAGGUGAUGUCAGGGGAGCCUAUGCUGGGGGUAAAGCAGGCCAGGCGACAAAUGCUGGAAGACUUGCUCGAUCGCGACGUAAUCCAUAGGAGCAGCGAAGACAUUACACUACAAUCGGAGAGACAUACUGGCGGGUAUAUGAGUGUGGAGUCUGCUAGCACGAGUGCUCAUCGUGUAUGCUCCGAACAAUUACGAGGCUUAUCGAGAUUUUCCUUCGUACCGGGAGAUGAUACGUCUUCCCCAUUACGAUGGACAACGAGCCCCAAAGCCGGGCCACAACAGAGACGGCAACAUGGAACAAUUACGACACCAGCUGCGGCAAUGGAUUGGGCAAGUGUUGGACAGGUACAGGAUUAAAAACUUGACGAGGAAAGCAGCGGCUACGCACCCAACUUAGCAACUCUUUCAAGAUUAUGUUAGCUAACUGAGAUAAAAGACAAUGAUGAAUUUCUGCGAAGUAAUGUAAUAUAGUGACCUAGGCUAUCGAAGGAACGGCUAUUUGUGAAAGCUAGUGAAACAUUAAGAAUGUGAUAGCGCCGGACUCCUAGGAUAGUGAUAAACCCCAGUCCUGGAUUUCAGUGUAACACCGAUAAUUGGAUUAUGACGGCGUCGCCAGUGCGAUCAUUCGAAGCAUCUAGGGAGGAAAGCGAUGAAAAUCCGGAGAGCGUCAGAAGGAUCACUUCUCUCCUGUCAUCAAACAACCCGACUGUUUUUGACAUCGCGGCCGAGCCACGGUAAAUGGUAUAAUGGUUUACAGAAUAAUAAAAAGACCGAUAUUAGGACGUGAAGGGAUGGCGGCAAGAGGAAGGGGACACAGACAGAUCAUAUAAUUUUAGAGACCAUGCCGUGUUAUCGCAUGCCUAUAUUCAAGCAUA